UCUUUUGUUUGUAGAUGGAUAAUGUUUUGAUUGAUGACAGAAUUGCUUUGGUGCUUUUGGUACUUUGCUAAUCCUGUCUUUUGGUCGUAGAUGGAUAAUGCUUUGAUUGACGACCGAAGGAUACAUGUGGAUUUUAGUCAAAGUGUCUCAAAACUUUGGAACCAGUACAGGCGCAGAAAUAACCAACCUGGUAAAGAGAGAGGCUGCUUCAAAUGUGGUGCUCUUGAUCACAUUGCAAAGGAUUGCACAGGGCAGCAAGCUCCCAAAUAUAUCUUAAAGGAAGAUAACAGACAGCAUGGUGGAUACAGUGACUCUAGGUAUGAAAUGGUAUUUGACGGGGACACUCCGGAAAAUCCCAGACGGGAAAAGCGACAUCGAGGCCAUGAUCCAGAUGACCGCAUGGAGAAACCCAAAAUGAAUAGGCAGAGUUAUGACAGGAAAGAUAGGGAUCAAGAAAAGAAAGAAUCAAGAGAUAGGCACAGGGAAAGUGACAGAACCAGGGAUCACAGAGAAGACCGCAAUGAUCAAGAUGGUGGAUGCAGAAGAGACCAGGAGCAUUUUGACGAACGAAGGUCAAAGGAAAUGCAUAUGGAGAGACGAGGAGAGAGAAAUGAUCAGAGAAGAGAUGAUCGGGAUUACAGAAAGAGUUCAGAUACUGAUCGCUACAGAGACAAAAGGGAUGAUAGCCGUGCAGAAAGGAGAGAUAUCGGAGACUAUAGAAAGAGAAAUGCUGAAAUUGAUGGUCGUGGAGGUAGGAGAGAGGAUGUAGAUUAUAGAAAGAGAAGCGGUGAUGGUGAAAUCGGCGAGGACAGGAGGGAGAGACGAGACACGUGGAAGGAACAAACUUAUAGAAAGGAUGAUGAAGAUGAAGAUAGUUAUAGAAGACGAGAAAAUAGACGUGCAGGUGCAGAAAGUAACGAUGAUCAUGAUCGUCAUAGAAGACAUGGAAGUAAGGAUGAUCACAGAAGGGACCGAGGUGACAGAAGAAGAUGA